AUGGCGUCAAAGUUCCCGUUUGAGGAGUUUAGAUGUGGUGGAGUGGCAGAUAAGUUGAGUAGUUCUGAUACUGGUUCAAAAAGUGUGGAAGGAGGGAAUGGACGGAAAAAAGGUCAAGGUUAUGGGGUUGAAGAUUGGAGACACUCUUUGGGUAUUAGUUCCCUUAGUUCUGUUGAUGGGUUUUAUAAUGAUGAUUCACUAGAGGAAGCAUUCAUAGUCUCCAAGUAUUUGCAACAAAAGCAUCAACUAAAAUCAUUUUCAGGUUAUCAUGUUCGUGAUAGUCUAACGUAUCAUGUCGUUCCUCCCCCCACUGAAGCAUGCCCACAGGAGAACGUAAAGCUUAGUGAGAUCCCAAACGGAGUUCAAGAUGUCGUGGAAUCCAAGAAAGAAAACAGGAAUCCAUAUCCUUUAGCCCAACUUGAGCUGCUUAAAAGUCUAGGUUGUGGGUUCAAACGGUUAAAUGGAGGGCGAAUAAUUGAGCCUAGAUGUGAAUCAAUUUGCAAGAAGGAGCCAACAAGUAGACUAUCUACCGAAAAAAUUAUGCGGGUUGCUGGAGAAAGGUUCAUCCAGUUUUCUUCCCAGAAAGUUGAUGUUGCCCCUGUGCUUAGCAAUCCUUUUGAUCUUUCUUUCUCUGGACUUUCUAGUGAGGAGACAGAAGAUGUAGAGCUUGCUGAUAUCCUUCUAGCCUCUGCAGAGAAAUUGGGGAAUCAAGAAUUUGAACAUGCCACUAGAUUGCUCGGCCACUGUUUUCAGUUGUCUUCAAAUACUGGAAAUCCUGUCCAAAGACUAGUUUAUUAUUUCUCUGAAGCUCUGUGUGAGAAGCUCGAUCAGCAACCAAAGAGCUACGGUAAAAAGCUACUAUUUAAUUUUAAUGAGGCGGUGACUCAUGGGCCUGACCUCCUAGGAUACUUCCAAGAAGUUCCUUUCAGCCAGAUUGAACAAGUUGCUGGAAUCCAAGCCAUUGUAGAAAAUGUGGCAGAGGCAAAGAAGGUUCACAUAAUUGAUCUUUGCAUCAGAGGUGGAGUGCAAUGGCCACUUCUGAUGCAAGCUCUUGCAUCUCGACAAGAAUGCCCUCUUGAGCUUCUCAAGAUAACAGCAGUUGGGACAGCUUCGAGAGCAAUGGAGGAUGUAGGUAAACGGUUAACAAGUUUUGCCAAAACCAUGAAAUUGCCGUUUUCUUAUAAGAUUGUAGCAGUGGCCGACAUGCUUGACCUCAAAGAAGAUCACUUUGAACUAGAUUCUGAGGAAACAGUUGCUGCCUACUCUAUGUUGUACUUGUGGACUCUGAUUGCGCUGCCGGAUCGACUGCAUUCUGUAAUGGGAGUAAUCAGAAAAAUAAAUCCAUGUAUUAUUGUGGUCACUGAAGUGGAGUCUAACAAUAAUUCACCAGUUUUUGUGAACCGUUUUAUUGAAGCUCUUUUCUUUUACGGUGCUUAUUUUGAUUGCCUCGAUGCCUGUAUGGAAAGGGAUGAUCCUAAAAGGAUAGCAAUAGAAUUGAUGUUUGGUAAAGGAAUCAAGAAUAUUGUAGCAGCUGAGGGAGAAGAUAGGAGAGUUCGACAAGUGAACAUUGAUGUUUGGAGGGGUUUUUUUUCCCAUUUUGAAAUGGAGGAGAAAAAUCUUAGUAUGUCUUCCUUGUACCAAGCAGAUAUGAUGGUCAAGCGUUUUUCUUGUGGGAACUCUUGUACGCUUGAUAUGAAUGGAAAAUCCCUAAUUAUUGGGUGGAAGGGCACACCAAUUCAUUCACUUUCAGUUUGGAAGUUUCUGUGAUCAUUGAAAAUGAGUUGAAAGGGGGAAUUGACAGUAUGAUCUCUGUUCCAACCUCAUGAUACAUAAGCUGGAAGAAUUUUUUUUGAUGAUUUGUGGUCUCUACUCUGAGAAACCAGUGUUCCUGUUCGAUUAUUGUGUUGCAUCACCACUGUUACCGACUUGCUUUCAUUAAAUUCCAGGAAAGUGAGUUGCACUUAAUAUGAUGAUCACAAGUUUCUAUCGUUGUAAUUUAGACAUCAAUACCCCAUAUAAACUAGUUAGUAGACGUUCAACCUUUACUGUACCACUUCUGUAAAAUGACUGUUAUUGGAGUAGUGAUUGCCGAUCGAUGCCUUUAAGGUUUUCUUUGUUUUACGGAUCCAAAUGCCAAUCUCUCUCUGUUUCAUAAGUUUUUCCCUUCGCACUCCAUCAAUUGGAUGCCCAACAUACAAACGAGUGUUGAAUUUACUGUCAUCAACUUAUUAUAGCUAGACUUCUA